UGCAAAAACACUGCUCGUUUUUCCCUGGGAGGAUGACUGUCACAUUCCGCAAGGGUCCGCUGGGAUAUCUGCGGCAGGAUCCCACAGAUGCAGCCAGACUUCUCAAAGACAACCCGUCUCUACAAGACCAGCAUGCACCCGUGAAGGAGGCAGUGGUCAAGCAAAAUGUGCUCACCGUAAUCCGUAUGAGAGGAGGGGAUGCUUCUGAUAGAACGGAGGUGGCUGGAGAAUACAUCCUGCAGUUUGGGAAAUAUAAGGGCAAGUCCUUCCGCUGGCUCCUUGAAUAUUGGGUAUACCAUGUACCUGAUCACGAACCAGCAGAAGGAGGAGGCUGCAGGAUUGUUCAUGGCAGAGGGGCACAGCAAGGACAGCCUUCUGUCUUUUCUGAGCUAUGCCCUCAGCUUUGGGGAGAUCCAGUCACUUCGGGACUAUGAGGCGAAGAAAACAGUUGUUGCAGCAGCAGUGUCAGAGGAUGAGCAGCUGGUCGGCUUUGGCAAUCGUGCCAAAAACACCUGGAGAGACAUUUGGGACAGCAGGGAUGAUGGCUAUGUCGCCUUCAUAGUGAAGAAGAAAUGUGCUGCAGGUACAAGGAUGCAUAGGCUGCAGCAGUACCUGCAGAAGAAGCUGCACCCCCCCUCUGGCUCCACUACGACACAUCCCUCACUUGCUCCUGCUGAGGCCAUGGGGAUGGAUCAAGAUGAAGAGCUGGAGCAAGCGAUGCUGAGUAUCUCUCCUUCCAAACAUGUGCAGAGCUUGGUGUCUGCACCAUCAUCAUCAGCAAGCCCACAACAAGCUCCAAGAAGAAAAAGAGGUUGAUUUUUCUGAAAAUUCCUGAUGAACUCUGGGACCAUGAAUUAUUUUCCCAAAAUGACUUUCUGUCACAUGUUGGCCAUGUUAUGGUCUGACCAUGUUCUGGUCUGUUUGUCUUUGCUCUUCUACAUGUUGUCCUAGUGACUAUGAAUUGAAACCAGUCAUGUUGAGGUAAGUUACUGCUUUUGUUCUUAUUUGGAUUGAAUGAAAAGUACACAUUUAAACUGCUGUGGUCACUAACACUUGAACGCAUGUGUUUGCAGUGUGCCAAGUUAAUUCACCUGCUCAGACUGAGUUUUAAUGACUGAAUGCUGAAUAUUAAUCCAAACAAAAGUAAUGCAUGUGUAUGAAUGAAAUGUAUUCUCUAAACAUUAAUAUGAGAAACAGUGUGUUUCACUUUAUAAGAUCAGCAGGUGGAGUAAAGAUGGGUGAUGUUUGGUCUUACUAACAUAAUUACUUAUUUCUAUAUUGCCAUAAUAUUAAUAAACUGACACACUUUUCUAUUUGAGUAUCUUCUGCUACCCUCUUCACACAAAGUCAACUGAAGGAUUCACUAGUAGAAGCCCCUGCUCUGCCUGUAAAGAGACUUGUGCCCCUUCCAAAAGAGCUGAUGUUUCUGAUGCCGGAACCAUCCGCCCUGACACCAACAGAGACCAACAUCACUGUUCCAGUGGCUCCUGAGAUUUCUGCAGAUGUCUGUCAACCGACACUGCAUCCACCAGCUGCACCAACACAAAGUCAGCCAUUACCCAUGCCAUCAACAGGU